GCUGCGGGCACCUAAAGGCUUUCCUGGCCUGACGUCCGUUCGUCAAGGACCUCCUUGUGGCUCCGCCUCCUCACACAGCAGCAGUCAUGGCGGACUACGACUACGACGAUCGGGACCGGGCCUACAGCAGCUUCGGCGGGGGCAACAGAGGGCCCCGCGGCGGCCCCCCCGGAGGGCGGCGUAUGAAGGAGCUUCCCUCGGAGCCGCCCUUCACCGCCUACGUGGGCAACCUGCCGCAAAACACGGUCCAGGGAGACCUCGACAACAUCUUCAAGGAGCUCAGCAUACGCAGCGUCAGACUCGUGCGCGACAAAGAGACGGACAAGUUUAAAGGUUUCUGUUAUGUGGAGUUUGACGACUUGGACUCUCUGAAGGAGGCCUUGGCGUACGAUGGCGCCGAUAUAGGCACCAGUUUACUUCGGGUGGACAUCGCAGAGGGACGGAGACAAGCGCCACGAGGGGGGAGUGGCUUUGGCUUCCCCAAAGACGACGCUCGAGGCCGAGGAGGUCAACGAGGAGGUGGACCCCCAGGAGGACGCGACGACUUCUUGGAUCAGCCUGGUGGAGGCUACAGGGAUGAUGACUACUCGGGAGGAAGGAGCCGGGGCGGCGGCCGUGGUGGUGACAGGAGGGGUGGCGGCGCCGGUGGCGGUGGGAUGGGACGCUUCAGAGACGGACCGCCUCGCGCAGGAAUGACGGACUUCAGGGAACCGUCUGAUGAGGAGCGCGCUCAGAGGCCACGCCUUCAGCUGAAGCCUCGGACCGUGUCGGAGCCUCUCAACCAGGUGGCCAACCCCAACUCCGCCAUCUUUGGGGGCGCCAAGCCGCGAGAGGAGCAGUGACGCGUUUGCGGCAGCCGAGCGGACGGCGGAAGAGCAGAAAAGAAAAGCAGAAAAGGUUUCGUUGUGUCAGUGUGGACCACCAGAAGAAAGAGCAAAGUCCAAAUUGUUGUGGCGAGCAAGCAAGCAAGCACCACACGACACCAUCUUGUUUUACGUCUUUUGCCCCCAAGUUCUCGCUUUCUGCUCCUAAUCCACACCUGCUCCCUCCUUCCCUCUCGGUCCGGUCCAGACUCUGCUUUGGGCCCGGUCUGGACUCCGGUCUGGACCGGGUCCACAUCUGGCUUUGGACCUGGUCCCGUAUCUAUGUGCUCUUGUGGACCGGGUCGGGGUCUGUCAUUGUUCGGGUUCUUGUCUCGUGUGUUCUGGAUGUCGCAGACACUUUCUUACUGUACAAAAGAAAUAAAACAGCUGUUUUAAAUGUUUUUUUUUUUUUUUUUCCUGGAGACAAUGAUGGCAAUAAACGGAAUCAUCAAACAGUG